UACUCGGUACGAUUUUCUUUCAAAGAAACAAACACUUCCUGUACUCGAAUUGCUUCCGAAGCUUGUCUACUACGCAUUCAUCUGCGAUCUAGUAUUUGGCGCCCGGAUAUACGUAGUAUAAUUUUAAAAUCUCUACUAGUCACCAGUCACUACAUUCCAGAAUCACAUUUCUUAUCUCUCCGCGCGAAGGCGAAAACAGUCUGCGCUAGUUUCGAGCGAGAAUGGAGCAGCAGCUCAGGAACCAGCCAAAAAAUGUGCAAGAACAACAAGACGAUGUAGAUGACAUUCAACAUGGCCCUUUCCCGGUCGAGCAACUUCAGGAAUCUGGAAUAUCAGCCACCGACAUAAAAAAACUUAAGGAUGCGGGUAUAUUUACCGUGGAAUCGGUUGUGUAUUCUCCUAGAAAGGAUAUUUUGCAAAUCAAAGGAAUCAGUGAAGCUAAAGUUGACAAAAUUAUAGAAGCAGCUUCAAAAUUGGUGCCUUUGGGGUUCACUAGUGCAAGCCAACUCCAUGCACAGAGGCUUGAAAUCAUUCAAAUAACAUCUGGAUCAAAAGAACUUGACAAAGUCUUGGAAGGGGGGAUCGAAACAGGAUCCAUCACUGAAAUUUAUGGCGAGUUCCGUUCUGGGAAGACUCAGCUUUGUCAUACUUUAUGUGUUGCUUGCCAACUUCCAUUAGACCAAGGUGGCGGUGAGGGUAAGGCCAUGUACAUUGAUGCUGAGGGAACUUUCAGACCACAAAGACUCUUGCAAAUUGCGGACAGGUUUGGAUUGAAUGGAGCUGAUGUUCUUGAGAAUGUUGCAUAUGCUAGAGCAUAUAAUACUGACCAUCAGUCUAGGCUUUUGAUUGAAGCAGCCUCAAUGAUGGUUGAGACCAGGUUUGCUCUUAUGAUUGUGGAUAGCUCUACAGCACUUUAUAGGACUGAUUUUUCUGGGCGGGGAGAGUUGGCAUCCAGACAAAUGCAUCUGGCGAGGUUCUUAAGAAGCCUUCAGAAAUUAGCAGAUGAGUUUGGGGUUGCAGUUGUGAUUACUAACCAAGUGGUUUCCCAAGUUGACGGUUCUGCCAUGUUUGCCGGACCUCAGGUCAAACCUAUUGGUGGCAACAUUAUGGCACAUGCUUCUACAACAAGGCUGGCUCUUCGGAAGGGAAGGGGAGACGAGCGCAUUUGUAAAGUAGUUAGCUCUCCGUGUUUAGCUGAAGCAGAAGCAAGGUUUCAAAUAUCUGCAGAAGGUGUAACCGAUGUGAAGGACUGACCGAUUUCCUUUAUUUCUUUCUUUAGAGGGGUUCUUGCAUCUUGCAUUCUUGCCACAUGAAACAAUUUUUUUCAAUGGAAGUUGAUUUUACCAUUUCCAAGCACAUUAUAGUGAGUGUAAGGGUGUCCCCGGUCUGGUUCUGUGUCAUGAAGGGUCAAACCAGAAUCGUAAACUGGCAUAUUUUGUCCGGUUUUGCCGUUUUGGACCGCUCCGUAGCGGCGUAGCCAUUUGGGAGGAAACAGAUUAACAGAAUCAGACCGGGUUCAAUUUGGGAGGACUAUCAGCACAAAAAUAGUGGUAGGUUCCAGUCCAAUUCUAUGUUCAACCGUCCCGGCCUAAUCCUUUUCUGCAGUUGGGCACAUCAAUAACAGCAUCAAUAUUUAACUUUAA